AUGAGUAGGAAAUCAUCGUCGAGCGGCCAACAAACGUCCGAGCCGACGACGUCGGCCGCCCAAUUGAAUUUCGUCAUCGGCGGCGAUGAUCACGAACACGUCAGCCUAUUAACGCACAACCAUUCGGAGCAUACGGCCGUCGGAAUGAACGGAGUCGCGUCGAGACCGCCGACGAAGAAUCCGUCGAGAUUCUUGUUGAGCGUCGAGGCGGACGCGCCGCCGCCAAUGACGCGAGAUGAUAGUCAUCGCGAACUCUACGCAUGGGGCAACAACAAGGAAGCCGGCAAUCACAAUCUCGCGUUGUUCGAGGAGCCGUCGAUGCCGUUCUUCUCGAGCUAUCUGAAAGCGCACAUCACGCCGGGACCGUUGGAGCGCGCGCAGAGCUCGUCGCACGGCGGCCAUGGCGGCAAAGCCGAUCUCGGCGUGCUCCUCGGCGUCUAUUUGCCGACAAUUCAGCACAUUCUCGGCGUCACCAUGUUCAUUCGUCUGUUUUGGCUCGUCGGCAUCGCCGGUCUCGGUCAAACGUUUCUGUUGUUGUUCCUGUGCUGCUUCUGCACGUUCCUCACGUGCAUCUCGAUAUCGGCGGUGGCGACGAACGGCGUCGUCGAGAGCGGCGGCGCCUAUUUCAUGAUAUCGCGCAAUUUGGGACCCGAAUUCGGCUCGGCCGUCGGAAUUCUGUUCUAUUUGGCCAACACCGUCGCGACGUCGAUGUAUCUCGUCGGUGGCGUCGAGAUAUUGCUGCUUUAUAUAUUCCCGUGGCUCACGUUUGGCGGCGAAGAGGGCCAACAUGAUACAACAAUGUUUGGCACAAUGACAAACUCGCUUCGAUUCUAUUCGACAAUCCUAUUGCUCAUCGAAUUCGCCAUUGUAGCGAUGGGUGUGAAAUUUGUGCAAAUGCUCGCGCCGGUGUCUCUAGUCUGUGUGAUUGUCUCGAUUCUCGCGUGCUACGCUGGUGGAAUCACGAAGACUGUUUAUCCGGAUUCGGGACAAGCGGUCUGUAUGCUUGGCGAGCGACUUCUCCAAUCGAAAGCGGUGAUGCCGGAAAAUGCGACGUUGGAUCAAAUGUGCGACUAUUGCGGAUUGAACAACACCUUCCUUUUGUCGAACAUUUGCGGGCCGAAUGGAUGCAACGACUCGUUGACCGAAUCGAGCUUCAGCUGCAUCAACGGAUUCCCGGGAUUCAUGGGCGGAUCGACACUUUUGGCGAAUCUUGGUCCGAACUAUGUUGGAAAAUAUUACACUACAGUAACGCAGGCGGCUAACACCAAAACGGAUGUGUACCAAGAUGUUCGCACCACAUUCUUUGUGUUGUUGGCGAUUUAUUUUCCGGCGGUGACGGGCAUCUUCACCGGCGCCAACAUGAGCGGCGAUCUCAAGAAUCCGCAGGCGUCGAUUCCGGCCGGUACGAUUGCCGCCAAUCUCACGACGUCGUUCAUCUAUUUCUCGCUCGCGUUCGUCUUUGGCGGCGCGAUCGACGGAAGUGUGCUCAGAGACAAAAAUGGUCAAUCGAUUGGCGGCCAAAUGGUCGUCGCUCUACUCUCAUGGCCGUCGCCUUGGGUGCUGCUCAUUGGCUCAUUCUUGUCGACGUUCGGCGCUGCUCUUCAAUGCUUGUGCUCGGCGCCGCGUCUCCUUCAAGCGAUCGCCAAAGACGAGGUGAUUCCGAUAUUGUCGCCGUUCAAAAAAGUCACCGCCAACAAUGAGCCGUUCCUUGGCCUCAUUCUCACCACACUGAUUGCCGAACUCGCGAUUCUCAUGGGCGGCAUGGACACGAUCGCCGCUGUCGUCGAUUUCUUCUUUCUGAUGUGCUACGCGUUCGUCAACAUCAUUUGCACACUUCACUCGCUUCUCGGCGCGCCCAAUUGGCGUCCAAGAUUCAAAUAUUAUCAUUGGUUCCUCUCGUUGGUCGGCGCUGUUCUCUGCUUCUUCAUCAUGUUCUCGACGCAUUGGGAUUACGCGAUUGUCGCGUGCCUCCUGUGUUUGGCGAUCUACAAGUAUGUCGAGUGGAAAGGCGCAAAGAAGGAGUGGGGCGACGGCAUUCGCGGAUUGGCGCUCACCACCGCGCAAUAUUCGCUAAUGAAAAUUGAGGACAAAAAUCCGCAUCCGAAGAAUUGGCGUCCGCAACUCCUUUUGUUGUUCUCGAUGCAAUGGUCGAAGGAGAUCAUCGAUGUGCGCUAUUUGAAUUUGCUCAAUUUGGCGUCGCAACUCAAAGCCGGCAAAGGUUUGUCGGUGGUGACGGCGUUCUUGAAGGGCGAUCCGACGAGUCCCGAUGAUAAGAAGAAGGGCGAGCAGGUGAAGGCGCGAAUCGAUUUCGACAUGAAUCAAGUGAGACUACGCGGAUUCGCCAAAACAUUGGUGCAUUCGGAGGAUCAGGUCUACGGAUCAAUGUCGACACUUGUCCAAUCAGUUGGUCUCGGAGGUCUCAAGCCGAACACGAUGCUCAUCUCGUGGCCGGUUCACGAUCGCGAGGAAGACAUGACCGAGUACAACACGUUCAUUGAGAAGGUGCACGCGGCGUCGAUCAACGACAUGGCGAUCGUCGUCGCGAAAGGCAUCAUUGAUUUCCCGUCGUCGGUGUUCCGAAUGAGCGGAAUGAUCGACGUUUACUGGAUUGUGCACGACGGCGGUUUGUGUUUGCUGAUGGGCUAUUUGCUGAAACAGCACAAAGUGUGGCGUGGAUGCAAGCUACGCGUCAUCGGAAUCGCGCAGGAGACGGACAACAAUGUGAAAAUGCAGGAGGAUUUGCAGAAGUAUGUGUACUCGUUGCGAAUCGACGCCAAGAUUAUGAUUGUCGAGCUCGCCGAUCCGGAAAUCUCGAAGAACGCGUUCGAACGCACACUUCUCAUGGAGGAGCGCACGAUGAUGAUGCGCGAUCUUCAGAAGGCCGCCGGCGGCGGUGGCAAAACGCUAUCGUUGCCGCCAUCGGCGCCGCGCGCCGUCUCGCCGCUGGUGACGUCGGAGAAGAAGGAGAAGGAGCAGCGCGAAUCGGAAGAAUCCGCUGGCGGUAGUGAAGAUGGCGCCACUGAGAAGAAGGAGGAGGACGCGGAAAAGACGAAGAAGGAGCGAAUGAAGGCGUUGGACAAAUCGAAGGUGUCGAAAAUGCACACCGCCGUCAGACUCAACGAGUUGCUCCUUCAACACUCGGCGAAUAGUCAGCUGAUUUUGUUGAAUUUGCCGAAGCCGCCGAUUCACAAAGAUCAGCAAGCGUUGGACGAUUAUGUGCAUUAUUUGGAAGUGAUGACCGACAAAAUCAAUCGGGUGAUUUUCGUGCGCGGAACCGGCAACGAAGUGAUCACAGAGAGCUCGUAA